GAUGGAUAGUGGGUUCAGAAGUGGACUUAAAAUGGUUUGCAGGUUAAGUUGAAGAAGGAGUUUGAAAAAGCUAAGGCGAAUGACUCGAGAAAUCUGGGGCGAGUUGAGAAGUAUUCUGUGUGUUUUGCAUGAAGAUGUGUCCCUGACAAAGUUUCACCACCAGCUGUCCGGAGACCGUAGGACCUGGCAGAAUGGGACAUCCAAAUGUGCCGCUCAUAUACACUUACACACAUUCCCAAAGGAAAAAACACAAAUCUGCUCGACUGGAACCCUACCAACCUAACGACAACCUGAACAAUGCGCUGGGUGCCAUCAGAGUCCUUGGUUUGGAACUGAUUGAGGACGAACUCAAACCACAUCUGAACACAGUGCUGACAAACAUUAAGGAGAGGAAUAGAGGCGCUGCUGAGCAGGUGGUGAUCAGUGGCAUCCUGCCCAUCCUGGCCCUCUCUCUGAGGACCAGGGGGCCCCUCACAGUACUGACGGCCAAACUGGUGGCUGAACUCGCCAAGGAAUCUGUUAUCCGUAAAGGUUUUGGCGACGCAGGUUUGGGCACUGCUCUUCUGUCUGUGCUGACCAGUCAAGACCAAGAGGUUCUCAUCUACGCUGCAAGAGCAAUCUCACGCAUGUCUUAUGACAGCUCUAAGCUGCAGGAGCUGCUGCUCCGUCGAGGAGUGGUUCCUCGCCUCGUCGCCAUUCUGCUCCGUUUCCCCGACAAGCAGGCCCUGGAGGAGGUGUGCCUUCAGGCCCUGUGCAACGUCAGCGGCAUGGGAGUGGCAGAGGAGUCCGGGAUGGCGUGGGAGCGGGGUGCGUCCGUGCGGCCCGGGGAGUGCGUCUACCACGGCGUCUCGCCUCACACCUGUGGUUUCGCCUCCUCGGGGAUCUCGGUGUGCGUGUCUCAGUGGGCCCCCGGUCAGUACGCGGUCAAAAUCGAGGUGUUCCAGCGCUGCUCCUCCUCCUUCUGGAGCCUGCACGGGAACAAGCAGCGGGCCAGCUGGUUCCGCUUCUCCAGCCUGGGGAGCUGCUCAAAUCUCUACAAGGUGAUCAAGUUUUCCUUGAAGAAAGUCCCCCGCACUAAAAGCCUGAGGUCUCGCGUGUUUCACACUUUACUCUGACAGCUCAAACUCUGCAAACACGGCCGCCGUUAAACACAACUUUACUAAAGAGACACCAGAACAUCGGGACGCUCUUUAAACUCUACAAACCUGCACAUGCACACGUUGAAAUGUUCAAACUACAAAUGUCCCCUCAUGCCUCUUGUGUAUCUUCUUAUAUCUUAUACCUGUGUUUAAUGUGUGUUUGCAUUUUUUCACUCUGAUUGUUAGAAAAGGACAGUUUUUAUUCUUAAAUACUUCAGGGAAAACAGUCGAUCACAGAUCAUUUCAUAGAUCCAGGUAUCACGGGCUUCUAUGCCUUGGGAUACUCUCCACAUCUUUAGCUAUAAGUGAACGAGUGUUACAGGAACACAUCAAAUCAAAUCAUUGAGAAUUAUGUAUUAGAAACAUGACAACCUUAAACAUGAACGCCAUGAUGACGUCAUUAGUGUCGAUUCGUUCACAAGUGCUUGAAGUAACAGCCAUGGCAGCAGUAUUGAUCGUGUUCUUUUCUUCAAAGCAGCGCAGCAGAUUCCAUCACGGCCAAUUCAGCUUUACCAAACCAGACUGAACACUUGGCUUUAUUUACCUGACAGUUACCUUAAAUAAUAAAUCAGCCAGUCUUUUUAUUUGUGGUUGUGGUCGUACAGCAGAGAAACACAUUUUUACACUUCACUUAAGGAUGGUUUCAUUUGAAUUUGAUCUCCUCUGUUUAUUUAAAAAAAACAAAACUUUUUUUUAAAUGAUUUUACAUUUUGUAUUUGUGUUUUUUUUCUGAUAGUCCCCGACCCCUUACUUUGUCAACCACCGACCUACACCACAACCCUCUCUCCUCUAACUGGGCUCUGUAAACUGGUUUAAUUGGUUUUCUCUAGCUCCAGGGAACAUCUGAAGGUUACAGGGACACAGGCCCCUUUAACGCUUGAUUCAUUAUAAAAUGUGCUUCACGUGACAAACAUGCAAAUACACCCUGAAUGUCUCCGUCUUAUUUCCACUUACACACACGUCGUCUGCUGAAUCACCCGAGUUCAACACUAGAUGGCACUGAUGUGUUUUGUAAAACGUCUGUAGUCUUUGUACAUGGUGAUAUUAAAGACAUUGAACACCA